AUGAAGCCAUUUGUUUCUUAUUUCAAAACCUUUGGCUGCAUUGGAUUUGUUCACGUACCUGACAAAAAAAGAAGCAAGCUUGAUGACAAAAGUGUUAAAUGUGUGUUGUUGGGUGUGAGUGAGGAGUUUAAGGCCUACAGACUCUAUGAUCCUCUUAAUAAGAAGAUUUAUGUCAGUAGAGAUGUUAAAUUUCAAGAGGAUGCAGCUUGGGAGUGGGAUGAAGCCGAGACCAAUGAAGCCAAGACCAAUAAAAUGAUUGAUGCAAGUGAUCACUCAGAAGAAAUUUGUCCAGCAGCAGAGGAGGUGAGCAGACAGAUGCCUAGAGACGGAGUGGGGAUAUCUCAGGGAUUUAUCACUAGUCAUUAUGAUGAACUAUGGACGUUACAAUGGGAGCUAGUUGAUCCACCAUCGAAUUGCAAAAUUGUAGGUGUUAAGUGGAUUUUUAAGACUAAGUUGAAGGAACUUGGAGAGAUUGACAAAUUUAAAGCCAGACUAGUAGCAAAAGGCUACACUCAAGAGGAAGGGAUCGACUAUCGAGAGAUUUUUGCUCUAGUAGCUCUUCUUGAAACCAUUAGAACUGUUGUUGCACUUGCAGCCACAAGGAGAUGGACUAUUUAUCAACUUGAUAUUAAGUCAGCCUUUUUACAUGGAGCAAUAAAUGAAGAUGUUUACAUAGAACAACCACCAGGCUACGUUGUUCAAAGGCAUGAACACCAG